AAUUCUAACAUGACAGUAAAUUCACGUUUCAAGGGAAAAUAUGGACAGCAGCUCGUUUUGAAGUUCCAUAUCAGUUGCGGUGUAUAAAAGUUUCCAUAUUUAGUGAAGUUUUCUCUAGAGGUGUAUGCUAAUUUCGUUGGACUGGCAGAGUAAAUACUCGGGAAGACGCGGAAUUUGUUGAGCGUGUAUACAGCGAUUACUAAUUAUUUGAGAAGUACUGUUUAUACUAUAGUUAGCACUGGAAAUCGUAAUGGCUCCUUUUAGACCACAAUCUAUAUUGUACUUGGUGUUGAUAUAGAUUCACCUGAUGUGUGACGUGAACCUCCCUCAUGGCAUCGUCUGAGGUCAAUGUUCAUGUGGAGGAGGUGGUAGUCGUGACAACGCCAGAUGGAGCAGAGGAGGGCUCGGCUUCGGAGGUGGUGAAGACUGUGCUGGUGGCCACAGAGCUGACCCAUGCAGGAGAGGAUAUUGCAGAUGGAAGCAUGGAGCCAGAAACCAACACCAUCACCACUAUGUCAAAAGAGGCUGUUAUAGUAAAGCUGUCAGAAGAGAUGGAUGUGGAGGCUGAUGUGGUGUACCCCAUCACCUGUGGAGAUGUGAAGGCCACCUUGGUCUGGAAGAAGUUUGUUUGCCCUGGCAUCAAUGUUAAAUGUGUCCAAUUUAAUGAGCAUCUCAUCAGUCCUAAGGAGUUUGUCUAUCUGGCCGGGAAAUCGACACUGAAGGACUGGAAAAGGGCCAUUCGUGUGAAUGGCACUAUGAUCAGGAAAAUCAUGGACUCCGGUGAGCUGGAUUUCUACCAGCACUCUAAGGUGUGUUCCAACACCUGCCGUAGUACCAAGAUUGACCUGGUGGGCUCCAGGGUUUCACUCAGCAGCCAACAGUCCACUGAAUAUGUCCCUGUCACCACUUCCUCAGCUGAUGUGAACGGGUCCCCAACCACAGUCCCAUCCGAAGCAUUAUCAGACGACACCACUGAGUGGGUGACUGCCAUAGGAGAGGACUCUGUGACAUUCUGGAGGGGUCUCAAAGAGGCAGGGCUGUUGGAGGAGGUGGUGGAGGACUUCCAGAAGGAGAUCCAGGAGGUGUUGAAGGGCAUGCAGAACCGAAUCACAGAGCCUCCACUGGAGGUCAACGACGCGGUGCUGCUGAACAACAUAGUGCAAAACUUUGGGAUGCUCGACCUGGUGAAGAAGGUUCUGGCCAGUCACAAGAGCCAGAUGGACCACUACAGGGAGCAGUAUUCACGCAGUCUAGUCGCUCUGGAACAACAGUGUGACGAGCACAGGAAGCGUGCCAAGGAGCUGAAGAACAAAUCCCAACACCUCAACAAUGUCCUCAUGAACCUGAACCCUGUGGCCACGCCCCCCACACCCAAACGCCCGCGCCUCACCCGCGCUGUCUCAGGCCCCGCCCAGAUCACCUUGCCCCUCAACCAGUUAACGGCCCUGUCCCCUGGUUGCAAAGUGCUCUCGGUGGGGGGCGCCGCCGCCACCGGCCAGCAGACCUACACGGUGCUGGCAUCCCCUGCAAGCGAGCUUGGGCCCGACGCCUCCAAUCUGACAGUGCUGUCCACGGCCGCCGCCGUCCAGGAGGGUGCCGCUACAGCCUUCGUCAAGAUGGUCAGCCCAGGCUACCAGCUGAUCACACUGCCUGCCGCGCUGGGCGUCCAACUACAGGGCUUGGCGGGGGGCACUGCCCCGGGUACCACCACCAUCAUGGCAGUACCCGCGGGUAACAACUCCCUGCAGGGCACAGCGGAGGACGCCACAGGGGCGGAGACACCGGUUGACGUGAAGGAGGAGGUGGCUUCAGAGACUGAGGUUCAGGAGGUCAGGGAAACGGACGAGAGCUAAAAUGUACUCCUGUAGGGUUAUUGACAUGGCGAGGACUGAGGCUCCAUUUGUCCUUGCUGGUUUGGAGUGAAAACUACACUUAAGCGGUGGAAGCUACCGCCUGUAAAGGGUGUUCAGGGGAACUUGUCUGUUAAGCCAUUUUCACCAUAUGUAUCUAGUCCUCUGCCCCAUUUCAAGAAGUAAUGAGUUAUUUGGACUAAAUGCGUAAAGUGCUUUCCUUUUUCAAUGGUUAAACAGAUGUAUGCAGAUGCAUUUAAAUAUCCUAAUAUAAAAGGUAAUGAUCUGUACUGUUGCCUUUUAUUCAAAACCUCCAAAGUUCUGGAGUGGCCUACAAAUUAUAAAUGUUUGGCUUUGUCCAAAUAAAUAUGGCGGGGAGUUUAAUGAUGAGUUUUGCUCUUCUCAGAUGUUAAUUUAGACAGUGCUGUAGCCAGUGCUGUGUUUACAUUCUCAUUACAUUAGGGUCAGUGUACACAUCUGUCAUUGUCAGAAUGUUUUCAUUAACUGUAUAUUACUUUUUGUUGGAGAUUAGAUAGAUAAUACAUGAUGGAUUUCCUUAUA